UGCGUCUGUCGCUUACGGGCUUCAUUUCCUGCCAAUUUGUGAACCAUCGUGGCGAGUAACGCUAAAUAUAUUAAUGUUUAGAGAAUAAUGUUUCCGGUUUGAACUCUGAAUAAAGCUCAGUCAGUACUUUGUCAGUGGAUGACCUUCAAGCCACAUACGCCUGUCUAUUGGAAAUUAUGAAUUCUGUACAAAUAUAGUGUUAAGCUCCCUGAGUUCAUCUGACAUAAAACAACACUUGUCUUUAAAGAAGCAAAUGUUUUUCGAUUUCUAAAAACAUACCCGAAAUAUUAAAAAACAUCUUCUUAAAUUGUGAUUUAAAGACCCUAUGCCCUGUGUCUGUAGUUACAGCUUUGUAGACCUUUUAAUGUAUUGGUAUUAAAAAGCAUAUGUGCUCUACUGAAAACACUGUAUUUUUCGAGAAUUUCUUAUAACAAAUGUAAGGAGUAAUUCGUCGUUUUAUUGUGGAAUACCCGAGUCGGAAGUGUUGUGAUUUUACACAAGGAACGAUGGUAAUAGCGUACACAGUUACCGUUUACUGUAGCUCCUGAUCCAGGUCAAUCAGUAACAACAAAUACAAUUUUCUUACUUAUUGGGAAUGCGACAUCGUUACUACAAAUGCCGAAAAUACGCUGUGUUUGUUGUUGCAUAUAACACUCGAGUAUAUACUCCUGUGCUAAGAGAGCUAACCGAGCCGGAGGAUCAUGGGAAAACACAAAUACACAGCAGAUGAAUGGGUUCAUCUUUGCAAGGCAAAUUCAUAAUGUAAUGGGCUAUUUGGUGCAAACGACUGUGUUCUGUAUCCAGGUUUUCUUCUAAAUCAUCGAUCCUCUACUUUUGACACUAAUGGGGACCGAGGACCAGCAAGUGGAUUUCAUCAUUCAUACUGGACUGUAAACUUCAGCUGCCAUGCGAAUCAGUUUCUGCCAGGGCCUGUUAACUGGUGCCAUCAUCCUCAACCUCCUCAUUCUCUAUUAUGUGUCUCGGGCACAGCAGCAAAUGAUGGAAAAGAGGAAGGAGCUUGGUAGGGGCACUAGAAGAUCGGCACUGCCAGUCUCUGGUGUUGGCGGAGGUCUUGGGUUAUUUGGAGAAGCUGGAAGAGAGGCAAGAGGCAACGGAGUGGACGGACACAAUCGUGGCCCACGUGUGACUAUCCUGUUAAGGGAGUUUGAAAACUUUGAAAAUUAUGUUGGGGAUGUGGCUAAUUCAUUCCUUCACCAGAGACCUGAGCUUCCUUUCCUGGCCGUUGCUGAUAUCUCUCCGUACCCACCGCUGGUGCUUUCAGAAGGGGCUCGUCUUCUAGUGCUUGCCCCCAGCCCAGAUCAGCCUCCUCAAGCCCACAGACCAGAGUUCCAUGUCCAGACCGAAUUUGUCUUGCUGGUGCCUGAUGGUGUGGAGCUGGAGCAACCUCGUUCUAUUGAGAGAUUGAUCAGGGAGUUGGAAGGUGAGGGUGGAGGACCUGUGAGGUUGGUGGCAGCACCUGUCCUGGCUAGAUCUGCUGUACAGUGUCUUCACCUACGAGUCAACCUCAGAGAAUGGACAGCCACCUACUCACCGGCUGCUUCUGGAAGCAGUGGCAGUGUUUGUACAGCUCUACAAGGAGAUGCAGUUGUCCUCAUUCGCACAGAGGAUCUUUUUAACCUGUCUGUCCCUCUGGGACGGCCCCUGUUCCCCACACUCUUCAUUCAGACAUCAUUAAGAGGCUGGAAAGUCAAGCUGCUGGAGAGCCCUUGUAUUUCUGCAAACCACCGUCCACUCUUUAGCUCUGCACACAACCAGUGGAAAGCUGACACUCGACUUAAGGCGGCCACUGGUAACCUCAUGAAGAGCUUCGGUCUGAAACGCCUCCUGAUGCCUGAUGGGAAGGAACAGUGGUAUGGCUGCAGUAAAGAGACAUCUCGCUGCUUUGGCACUGUGCAGGAUGACACUCCAGACUACCUUUACCUGGAUCGCUGGACACCUCCCUGCUGUCUGCGAGCUCUCAGGGAAACCACUAAAUAUGUCAUCAAUAUCCUUGAAAGCUCGGGCGUGCGCUACUGGCUCGAGGGAGGAUCUCUGCUCGGUGCCGUCCGCCAUCAGGACAUCAUUCCGUGGGAUUAUGACGUAGAUCUGGGUAUCUACCUGGAGGAUGUACCCAAUUGUGACCACUUAAAGAAUCUUGACUCGGGUUCUCUGGUGGAUGCUAAUGGCUACGUGUGGGAGCGUGCAGUGGAAGGAGACUUUUAUAGAGUGCAGUACAGCGAGGCCAACCACCUGCAUGUCGAUCUGUGGCCGUUUUAUCCUAGGAAUGGUGUCAUGACCAAGGACACAUGGACAGAGCACAAACAAGACGUGGAGUUCCCAGAACACUUCCUGCAGCCACUGGUGCCCAUGCCCUUCGCUGGCAUCACUGCAUUUGGCCCUAACAACCCCCGAGCUUUCUUGGAGCUGAAAUUUGGAGAAGGUGUGAUUGAGAACCCACAGUAUCCUAACCCUGCAAAAAGAAGACUAGACCGCAGCAAACUUUGAAAAUUUACCAACAUUAUUGCGUCAUAAAUAAACACAAAAACUGACCGGAAGAAAUUGAUUUUUUUUUUCAACUUGCUGCUAAAUUUAUCUGCACUGGAACAGCAGAUAAAGAUUUAAGAAGAUACCUGAUCACAUUUACUGGCUGUUAUUUUUAGUGUUCAAUUGUGAUGUUGGAUUUUGUUUGUCCAGGUGUUUUAUUUAAUGGCGGGGUGUCAUGAUUGAUAUGUAAUAAAAAGAGUUUUUACUAAAUGGUACUUAUUUAACUGUUGUAUACGAUAUGCAUAUAAACAGGAUGGGUUCCAGAUUAACAUAAACAUAUAGUAAGACAGUAUACACAGAGAAAUUAAUAUAUGGUGAUACCAUAUGGUAUCUGACAUCUGUAAUGUGAAAUAUCAUACAGUCAUCCUGUCAGUAAGAUGAAGAUAACGAGAGGCUCUUUCAAUUUAAAAUUAUGAUAAAGCAAUAACUGGGCUGACCAUUAACUGCAAUAGAUUAAUAUAUAAAUAAAAAGAAAAAAAUCACACAGCCCAGCAAAGCAGAUCUUCAUAAUCAGAUGUAUUGACUUGUAUGAUAAAUUCGUGGUUCAAUAAAGGCAUUGGAACCGUC